AGUGAUCAGCGCGAGAGCUGUACGUUAGUCUCAAACACUUAUUCCACAGGGAAGGAUUGGAUAUAGUCAGAGCAACUUCGGUCCGUCCAUCCGAGCAGCAGCCGAAGAAGGAUUUAAAAAACAAGAAGACACAAUUACGCGACACACAAAUGGCUGCAAUCGUGCGCGUAAUUUGGACCCUCGUGUGGAUAUUUUGGACAGUUUCGUGCACACGGAUUUACCCCCCAAAUGAAGUGACGUUACUGGACUCCAGAACAGUACAAGGCGAAUUAAAAUGGGUUGCGAGUCCGACGGAAGGAGGGUGGGAGGAGGUGAGCAUCAUGGACGAGAAGAACACGCCCAUCCGGACCUACCAGGUGUGCAACGUCAUGGAGCCCAACCAGAACAACUGGCUGCGGACCGACUGGAUCCCGCGCGGCGCCGCCCAGCGCAUCUACAUCGAGAUCAAGUUCACGCUGCGCGACUGCAACAGCCUGCCCGGCGUCAUGGGAACCUGCAAGGAGACCUUCAACCUCUACUACUACGAGUCCAACAACGACAAGGAGCGCUACAUCCGCGAGAACCAGUUCAACAAGAUCGACACCAUCGCCGCCGACGAGAGCUUCACGCAGGUGGACAUUGGCGACCGCAUCAUGAAGCUCAACACGGAGGUGCGCGACGUGGGCGUGCUCACGCGCAAAGGAUUCUACCUGGCCUUCCAGGACGUGGGCGCAUGCAUCGCACUCGUGUCCGUGAGGAUCUUCCACAAGAAGUGCCCGCUGACCGUGCGGAACCUGGCGCAGUUCCCGGACACGGUGACGGGCGCCGACACGUCCUCGCUGGUGGAGGUGCGGGGGUCGUGCGUGGACCACUCGGAGGAGAGGGAGGUGCCCAAGAUGUAUUGCGGCGCGGACGGGGAGUGGCUGGUGCCCAUCGGGAACUGCCUCUGCAACCCCGGCUAUGAGGAGCGCGCCACAGCCUGCCAAGCGUGUCGUAUUGGCUACUACCCUUGUCGUAUUGGCUACUACCGUGCGUUGUCUACGGAUGAGGGAUGCUCCAAGUGUCCUCCCCACAGCUACUCUGUAGAGGAGGGCUCCACCUCCUGCGCCUGCGACAAGGGAUUCUUCCGCGCCGAGACAGACCCCGCCUCCAUGCCCUGCACACACAGACCCCACAUCCAUGCCCUGCACACAUGA